AUGACGCGUAUUGGUAAAAGUAGAAAAGAACAAAAUUCGAUAAAAAUGAGUUGUAACAAGAAAACGACUAAAUUAAAAACAAAAAAGAUAAAUUUGGCAACGGUUAAAAUAAAAAAGCAAAACUUAAAUUACCUCCGAAUUUUGAAUCAAAAUCGGUUAAAAUCAACAUGGGCUAAAAUAAUUAAGCGAUAUCAAAAACUUUCAGAAGAUGAUGCAGACGUAAUUGACAUAAAAUCUCAAGAAGUAGUAGUAAAUCGAGGAAACAUUCAAAAAGAUGAUGCGCACAGAGUUGGAUAUGUUGAUUAUUCGAGCACAUCAUCUGAAGAUGGGGAUGAAUCGAUUUGGUGGACAGAUCCUUGCGUUGAGGACAUAAAUGAAUUCUGCGCAGAGGAGAUAAUAGAAUCCGACGUAGAGGAAAUAAUAGAAUCCGGCACAGAGGAGAUAAUAGAAUCCAAUGCAGAGGAAAUAAUAGAAUUCGGUGCAGAUGAUGUAAUAGAAUCCGGCGCAGAGGAUGUAAUAGAAUCCGGCGCAGAGGAUGUAAUAGAAUCCGGCACAGAGGAAACAAUAGAAUCCGGCGCAGAGGAUAAUUUAAUAGAAUUCGGCGCAGAGGAAACAAUAGAAUCCGGCGCAGAAGAUAAUAUAAUAGAAUUCGGCGCGGAGGAUAAUAUAAUAGAAUCCGGCGCAGAAGAGAAUUACAAAUCUCAGGGUAAAGAGAAAAGUAAUAGACAAGAAUAUAUACAAAAGCAAAUUAACUAUUAUGAAGUGGAAUCGGGAUCAGAAGGUUUUCAGACGUGUUCAGAUUGGGAAACAGAAACAGAUGAAGAAAUUGAUUAUAAUAGAAAAGAUAGAAAAGCUAUACAUUUCCAGGUUUAA